GCACCGGUAGUUAACCUAGAAUGUGAAGAAUUGUAGCUAGUCUGUAAAAAUACAAGCCUUGCCCUGGUGAGGAAGGAGAAGCGGCGCAGGACUAUGGACCCGGUGAACAAUGCUGAGACAGGAGAUACAGAAACCGAACUGGAGCCGGAAUAUGUUCUUAUUCCGAAGGAAACGAGGUGCAAGAAGAAGGAGCAGGAAAAGCUGUCCGGAGUCGUCAAGAAUGUCCAUAGAAAACUGCGAAGAAAAUACCGAGAAGUGGGGGAUUUUGAGAAGAUCUGGCGAGAGCACUGUGAGGAUGAGCAGACUCUGAGUGAAUACGCCCUGGCCAUGAAGAACCUGGCCGAUAACCACUGGGCCAAGACCUGUGAGGGAGAGGGCCGCAUCGAGUGGUGUCGCAGUGUUUGUCAGGAGUAUUUCCUGGAUGGUGGGAUGAAAAGAAUGUUGAAGAAGGAUGAGAAGAGUGCCAGGCUUGCCAUGGCCGCCUCAGCUGCAACUCUGAGUGCCCAGCCUUAUAGCUCCUUCAUCCCCAGGUCCAUCUCCCAGCUUGGUAAAAUGCGGCUGCUGGACGUUGGCAGCUGUUUUAACCCCUUCCUGAAGUUUGACGAGUUCCUCACAGUCGGUAUUGACAUAGUGCCUGCGGUCGAGAGUGUAUACAAGUGUGACUUCCUUAACCUCCAGCUCCAGCAGCCCCUGCAGCUGGCUGGUGACGCAGUGGAAGCCUUCCUGAGACAGCUGUGUAGCCCCAUCGACGCGCUGCCCGCCCAACUCUUCAACGUGGUGGUCUUCUCACUGCUCCUCUCCUACUUCCCCUCGCCUUACCAGCGCUGGAUCUGCUGCAAGAAGGCCCACGAGCUGCUGGAACUGCAUGGCCUGCUGCUCAUCAUCACCCCCGACUCCUCCCACCAGAACCGCCACGCCCUCAUGAUGCGCAGCUGGCGCGUGGCGGUGGAGUCACUGGGCUUCAGGCGCUGCAAGUACAUCAAGUUCUCCCACAUGCACCUCAUAGCCUUCCGCAAGGUGUCCCUGACCACCACCAGUGACCUGGUCAGCGGUAACUACCCCGAGAUGCUCUACAUCCCUCAGGACUUCCAAUCCCACGAGGAGGAGGACUACACAGACGUGCUGGUUCAGGCCCACUCCGUCUUCGAGGACGACCAGCUGGCGUGGGGCUUCACGGAGCUGCCAGACACGCCCUACGACUCGGAUUCAGGAGAGAGUCAGAGCAGUUCCUUGCCCUUCCUACACGAGCUGGAGGACCCCAUACUGCUGCAGAGCUAGAUGAGCUAAAACCCUACUAGCUACUCUCUAAGUCCUUAUUCAAUCCCUAAGGCUCCCCUUGGCCCUAACCUUUCAAUGUUUGCAGAUCUGAAAGGAGGAAAGCAAUAUUGUUGUAGCUUUGCCACUGCACUGCUUAUACCUAACCAGAGCCUUCAGACAUGCAACAUGGGAGGGGCAAGUGGGAGGGAUGGGGAGCAAUUUGAGACCGGCUGUCUCUGUCCCCAACUGCUGCGCUGCCAAAUGAACCUGCUGCAUUCUUCUCACACUCUUCUUUUCCCUUAACUUAACAACGCAGUUUGCACAGAGUGAAAGAAAAAUAAGUUUACAGAAGUGAGUUGUUUAUUAUUCGAUAUCUUACAUGGUUAGUCUCUCAACACAACUACACACACACACACACACACACACACACACACACACACACACACACACACACACACAAAAUAAAUUAGUUUUUUAAAAUGAAGACACGGUAGCUGAAUGCUCUCAGGAUAGAUGCAGUUAGCCUGCCCCUUGCAUUUCAUCCCAUCUUUGUGAUCUGUCACGCUCUACUAACAGAAGACAGUCAAUCUUUCAAAGGCUUUGUUUUAGUAGUUAAACCGUGAAUGUGCUUCAGUGCCAGCAAGCCGCUGACUUUAAAUCCCUCUUAAAGAGACCGAUACCACAGAGGUUUAUCAGGUUUGGUUAGUGGAAAGAUUGAGAUGGAAAGAGGGGUAUGCUUGAUUCUGUAAAUCAGGCGAGGCUUUCUCUAAUUCUUGGCGUGCAUUUAGUUUUCCAAAAUAUAAAGAAAAAAUAAAACAUUGUCGUACUCAGCAAACUAUGUGAUUUUGUUCACUUUUGAACACUGGUUUUGUCCAACACGAUGUGUGGCAACGCCAUUUUAUUUCAGCCUCUUUUUCACUGAUUCAUAACAAUUAAAGUGAUAUUUGUAGCAUUUUCAGAACCUUAAUGUAUGUAGUUACUUUGUCUAGUUAAAUAAAGGUUAAAAAUAAAAAAAACUACAAAAAACAACUUUUCCUAAUGUGAAACUGUUGGGUUUUUUUCAUAGUGUACCAUGGUACGAGUGUUGCAAAAUAGUCAUUGCUCUAUUUUCUCUGCUGGUGUGAAGAAACUGCUAUGUAAAUAUGCACAGAUGUUAGCUUACCUUCAAUGUUCAAUACAACCUUAUUUGUAAAAAAAAUACUUUUGUGAGGAACAAUAUUUAGGCUUCAUUAUCUGAUCAAUAAUAGGUCUGUAGUGAUGUCUUGGCUUCUUUAUAGGUAACUGUUGGCUUCUCUAUAGGUACUGGUAACUAGACAAAUUAUACUGACCACACUAUGUCCACUGAAGUGAAACAUAUCGACUAAGACACCAGCUUUAGCUGUCAGUUACUGUUUUCCUUUAAAGUACUUCAUAUCUGAGGAGAGCAACAUUGGCCGUAGGAAGAAUUUCUGAAUUCAAAAUGGGUUUUUUCUUCAAUAUUUGCUUUUCAUUCAUAGGUUGGUAGAAUAAGUAUAGUAUCAACAAAUACUGAGUCAUUCAUUGCAUCAGUAAGUUAAUUUGACUAUCCCUUUUUAUAUGUAUUUUCAUCCACAACAUGAAAGUACUUAGUGUGUACUCUGCUUAAAAAAAUGUAUUAUCUCAAAACAGUUGUCAAAAUGGUCUUAUAAACUCUAAUAGAAUUCCAAAAGAUUCGCCUCGAGGUUUUGCACUAAUACCACACGGUCUCGUCAUGUAAUCUCUGAUCUCAUCAAAGUGCAUUUUAGCAAUAGCCAGCUUUAUCCUGUACUGUAUCCUUAUGGGGAAGGUUUCUGUGUUGUUCUCAAUGACACUAGCACACAAAUACUCAUUUGUUAUAUAUUUGUAAUGAUAUUUCCUUUUUUUGUGUGUGUGUGUGUGGAGAUAUGUAGGUUGAGUGUGCAUGAGUGUUUUGUUGUAAUGUACUUCAUAAAUAGUAGACUAAUCUCUCAGCUGCCAUGAGUCAUGGGGAAUAUAGGGUGCGUCCCAAAAUGGCACCCUAUUCCCUAUGGACCUUGGUCAAAAUUAGUCCACUAUGUAGGGAAUAGGGUGCCAUUUGGGACGUGCCCUUAUGAAUAUAAUCAGUAUGAUGUACCUGUACCCAAAUGUUCUCACAUCAGUUUACCUGAAAUCCUAAAGGUGCCUUCUUACUUAUCCCCGGUAAUGUUUUUGCAGUCCUGGUUCUCAUGCCCAUAUGUUAGAAAACUCACACUUUUCACUUGGCAGUAUACAAUGGGUUUUCUUUGCCAAAUAAUUGUGUUAUGUGCAACUGUACAAAUGAGCUACCAGCUUCCACUUAAAAGUAUAAUUGGCUCAAUGUUUUACCCUAAGAACAAUGUGUUUUGUUUAAAUGAUGUAAUUUGUCAUUGAUAAUGAUUACAUAUUGCUUUCAACUUGCUAUACAUACGUUGUAACUAGAUAACUUUCUGGUCAGUUAAUGUUUGGUGUACUUUAAACUAUUUAUCUUUAGUAACAGAAAAGACAGACAUUUCUCAUUACAAAUAAUUUGCUUGAUGGUUGUGAAUUGUACCAGUAAGCAAUUAGUGACACACUCAUCUUUGUAUCUGUCUUCCAAGAGUUUGAUUCCAUUACUUUCAUAAACAGCUUCAUUUUCAGUAUUAAGGAUUUUGACAAUUGCAGGACAAUGUGUGCAUGGUUGUUAUUCUAUUUUAUAAAUGAAUGUUAAUGCAGCUUCCA